CCAUGUGCGCAUACAGUCUCCGUCUGAACAAUACGUGUAUUUAUAUAUGAAUACGUGUAUGCAGAGAUUCAGGUGUGCAACGCUGGGGCCUCGCACGAGAGGUGAAGACAUGCAUGCUUUUUUCUCAGAAGAAGUGUGCCUUGUUGGGUCCGCCGUCCCGUGAGCUAGCGAGACAAUGAAGAGGUGAAAAUUCCCAUUUUGUGCGUCGAUGUCAACAGGUCGUCGUCACCGCUUUUGUCGUUUCGUUUUGUUGGUUCUUUGCCGGCCGUUCUCACGGGCGAUACGCUUUCCUUCCUCUUUGACUUGCAGGCGGGAAAGGGCAGGGCAACAAGUCUGGUUCCUGGCGGCAUUCUCGCGUCUUCCGUCUACUAAAAUCGCGGAGGAAAGUUCAUGCAUGUCGCUUGGAGUCUUUCCAUGUUUUUUCAAAUGCAGAAGAUGUAAAAUCCGUCGAGGAACGUUUGGCUUGGCAGCCGAGGUCUUGGCGUGCGUCUCGUGAAAGGUUUCUCCAUCCAAACGCACUCGCCAGUUCCCUGAUUUUGUCCACUUCUUCUGUCACAACGAACCACGUCAGUUGUCCGGUCUGUGUUUUUUUUCUUCAUGCAAGUCGUCUCUAGACGACCUGCUGCUCUUGUCACUCGAAAAUGCUGAGAAUAAUCCGUGGUGAACAAGGUCCGCAGGGGUCGCUAAGUUGACGGAGAAGGUUUCCUGGCUCAUGCCUUCUUCCGCUUGGUUGCCUCGUGCCUUCCUGAUUCUUUUCUCUUCGCUCUCUCUUCAACUCAAGCCUGUGAUUCCGCUUCCUGUGAAUUUCGCUGUAGAGGCUUAAGUCUGUAUAGUUUCACCAACAUGCAUUUCUGUAUGAGAGGCGUGUGUCGGUGCUCCUGCAUGCAGUGGUUUUGUUAGCCCCUGCGGAAGGUCUGAGUAACUUGUUUCUUUUCUCGGCAGUCGGUCCUGUACGGGCGUUUCCUCUUUUUCCGGAACGAUGUAUUCCUGGAAGGUCCCCAAACACCGGAAACGUCGCCAUGCCGUCGCGGGUGAAGGAGGAAAACACAGGGGACGCACGCAGUGCGCUGUAACUUCAAGGUCGCUGAUGUUCUGCCUUUUCGCGUUUGCAGGUUUUCUCCUCGUUAUUGCCACGCUUUGCACAGCGCAAGACGUAGCACGACCCCUGCCGAAAAUGGAUGUUUGGUACUACAUCCAGAAGUACUUGAGGCCGUGGUGGAUGCAGUGGCUCUUGACCUUCCUCAUCUUUGUCGCCUUCCUGGUUUGCUCCCAGAUGAGCUGCUUUAUGCCGCGUGACGCAAAUCGCCUGGAUUCGUCCAUGCGGCGCUAGUUCCUCUGGGCACCUUUCGAAGGUUGGACAAGACGCCUCAAGAGGGUGGUUCAGGCGCUGGCUCAUCAUCAGCUUCCUUGUUUCGACACUUUGUACCGAGUGUCUCGUCGUGGCACCUGGAAUACCCUACUGUGUAUGGGGUUUCUUCAGGGAAGAAUGCGGUUAUGUGGCUUGCGGAAGUGCUUCUUGUCAGACAACCUGGAAGCGCAUCCUUGUGUCGCUCCCGACCACGGACAACCCAGAGUGUGAGGGUCAGACGUGAACACUGAAAUGCAAACGCCUUGGUUUUUGCAAACGAAGAGGUAUUUGCCGUGUCACUUUGCGCUCGGAAAAGCUUGAAAGGGACCGCGGUAGUUGGGGAAAAAAAGCUGGUAAUAUGUCAGGUUGGGAAAGUCGACGGUGCAUUGGGGGUUUUUAAAAGCUGGAAAUCUGUCAGGUUGGGGAAGUCGACGGUGCAUUGGGGAUUUUUCGUGGUUUUCGAGGUAGGGGAUUUAUGCCCUCUUCUUUUUUAACCUGCUGUCUGCGACAAAUGUCUCAGUGAACCACGGUUGGUCGAGCAUGUUUCGUAUAAACAACGCCGGGGGACGGGAUUGUCCAACAGCUCACCGAUCGAAAAGAACGUUCGACGUAAACUCUGGGACUGCGACUAUGUCACAUUACACAUUCGGUCACUUCAAAAGCGACGCGUCCUCGAUUCACGGAAAUGGAACAUGCCUUUUUGCCGCAGCUGGUCUCGCACGUAAAUGUUCACAUUUACGGCGCCUUGCCGAGGCUUGUUCGGAAGCUAUCCAGAAAAGCGUCUUCCACAAAUCUUGCACGUGGUCUGGUUUCUCCUGUGGAUCUUCGCGCCUCUUUUGGAUGUCACCUGUUUGCAACAGUAUUCUAGAAAAAGGUCGUCCGUGAGCCAGAUUAAACGCGGUGUUCUUAGUGACUUGUCUGGAGAACUGAAAAUUUCUGUAGAUGGUAGUCCAAGCUACUCUGCUGUUUGUUGCAGGUGACGGAUGAAAGAGAGGAGACAUAUUAUCUGAUGAAUAAGUCGCAGUGUCGACAAGCAUAUAUGCCAACCUACGUAUACAUGUAUAUAUAUAUAUAUAUAUGAAUGGGAUGGAUAGACUUGCGUGAAUCAUGAUGGUAGAGUUUCUCCGAGCGACAACCGUCUCUAUUGAACAACUAGACUGUCCACUCAGCUUUCCUCGUUCUCUAUUCUUGCUGGACAAGACAAGAGGAAAAAGUAUGGUGCUCCCUGCGUCGACCGAGAAGACGCACACUUUCACAUGCCGCCGGAUCGUUUCUUCUUCGUACGAGGGCAAUGUCGCGCGUAUCCCGUGUCACCUUUUCUGUGUUUCCAGUGGAAGACUGGCAGCACAUGAACACCUAUCUGCUGUAAGCUUUUGAAGUAAAGAACUGUGUGCUCUUGAGACAUCGUCAGUCUCAGGGGAACGACCAACGAUCUACCACUACACCGUGGUGUUCGUAGAGCGUGGGGGAACGUCAUUUAUAAAGCAUGGUUGUUUGUGUCUUGUUUCACAAGUGAGCUGUAGAAAAUUGCCUUAUGCAGGCUGCACUACAGCAGUUCUACAUGCAAAUGGUUCUCCCAACCGUGCAGGUACUAGAGACACCGCGUUCAAAGUUGCCUUUUAUCCGCAUAUGCUGAUGACUGGUGUUAAACAUCCACCCUACUCAACUGGAUGAAUCCUUUUACAAGCGGCCGCGCUAGCAUCCGCAGUACACCGACAGUAAAAGUGCCCCGCCUUCUCGUCGCUGUGGUGUCCGCAAACAACUCUCGCUCUUUUUCUUCCGUGUAUCUCCUACGCCUACCAGAUACAGA